GCCAGCAUACCAAUGACAUCUCCAACCUACUUAGUUCCUAUAUUUAAUUGAAUAGGCAUGCAUAACAACAUGUUAACUCUCAACAGAGGCUCCCAACAAAGACUUUCAUACGCAUACAUACAAACAAAUGAAGCCACCGCUCUCGGCUUCCUCUCAUGUUCUCCGGAAGGCUCGUCUCUUUCCCUACCUUGUCACCUUACUAUCUUUCAUUGUUUUCGUCGCCGUUCUCUACGGCGAGGAUUUCAUUUGCCUCUUCAGCCAGCCACUCCAACUCGGCUCUUAUCGAUACCAACCCUCCACCAGAACCGAGAAGAAGUGGAAGAAGUUGCCGUUCGCCUUAGGUAAGACCGAGGAGGGGUGUGAUGUGUUCAGCGGGAGGUGGGUUUGGGACGAGUCGACUCGGCCUCUUUACCAAGAGUCGGAGUGUCCGUAUAUACAGCCACAGUUGACUUGCCAGGAACGUGGACGGCCCGAGAAGGAUUAUCAGCAUUGGAGAUGGCAGCCUCAUGAUUGCUCUCUUGCCAGCUUCAAUGCCACAUUGAUGCUUGAGACACUCCGAGGAAAAAGAAUGAUGUUCGUCGGAGAUUCAUUGAAUCGGGGUCAGUAUGUUUCAUUUGUUUGUCUUCUUCAUUCAAUUAUACCCGAGGAUGCCAAAUCCAUGGAAACUUUUGAUUCAUUGACCGUUUUCACAGCUAAGGAUUACAAUGCCACAAUCGAGUUCUAUUGGGCGCCAUUUCUUCUUGAAUCAAACUCAGAUAAUGCUGUCGUUCAUAGGAUAUCUGAUAGGAUUGUUAAGAAAGGAUCAAUCAAUAAGCAUGGCCGGCAUUGGAAAGGUGUUGAUAUACUAGUAUUCAAUACCUAUCUUUGGUGGAUGACCGGCUUGAAGAUGAAGAUAUUGCUGGGAUCUUUCGAUGAUGAAGUGAAAGAUAUUGUGGAGGUGUCAACUGAGGAUGCUUAUCGAAUGGCAAUGAAAAGUAUGUUGAGAUGGGUGCGGAAGAAUAUGAACCCUAAGAAGACAAGGGUCUUCUUCACUAGCAUGUCGCCUUCUCAUGCAAAGAGCAUAGACUGGGGAGGUGAACCAGGUCUCAACUGUUACAACGAGACAACUCUGAUUGAAGAUCCCAAUUAUUGGGGCUCAGAUUGCCGGAGGAGCAUAAUGCAAGUGAUAGGAGAAGUAUUCGAUAAAUCGAAGUUUCCCAUUACAUUUCUCAACAUCACUCAACUCUCAAGUUAUCGCAAAGAUGCCCACACUUCAAUCUACAAGAAGCAAUGGAGCCCAUUAACUCCUGAACAGUUAGCAAACCCUGUUAGCUAUGCUGAUUGCGUGCAUUGGUGUCUGCCUGGUCUUCAAGAUACUUGGAAUGAGCUUCUUUUUGCCAAGCUAUUCUAUCCUUAAUGCUCUUGCCUCAGCUUUCAGAUGGCCUCGUGGAGUGGAGGAGCUAGAGCAUGCAAUCAGUUGCAUUUUAACCUACUUCGUUUGAAACAGUGACUUUGAAAGAAGGGUACUGCAUGUGGGGAGAGAAUGAUGAAAGGGAAAAAAAAAUGGUCUCUACGUGUAAACUGUAAAAUAAUAGUGAUUGUUGCAAAGGGAAAUGGAAGCUGAGCAAGAAAAUUAAAUUGAUUUUUUGUAAUCAAAACAUAAAACUAAAAAAAUAUGAGAUGAUUUUGGUCC